AUAAUUAUGAAAGUCCUCUUAUCUAAGAUCCUGUGUUUCUUAAAAAAAACAUUCUAAUCCUCGAUCCUCUCCUCCAGUCCCCCGCCCCCGCCAGUCUUCCGCCUUCGCAGCGUUCCAGACUUGCAGAGUUGCAUUCCGCAAUCUCGAAUUGUUCUAGGCGGCAGGCGCCUCCAGACUCCACGGCUCCAUCUUGUCAGCUUCUCUGACUCCAGGAUCCACAAGAAGUUUGCUGUUUAUAUGAAAUGAAGAGCUAUUGGCAACGGAAAGAGCUACCUUUUCUCAUACUAUAUGCUAUUGCUUUCUAUGCUAUCAUUAUCCAUCGGGCUCUCCAACUCUCUAGGGUUCACUAUACCCAGCUUCAUGGAAUGCAGCACAGUUGGAUCAUCCAUGGACUAAAUGAUGCUUCCGAUGCACAAUGGAGACAUUUUAGAGGGAACCUACCAAUUCUUACCUUGGUUUUUGCAAUCUUUACUGUAGUAGCUACUGUAUGUAGAACAUAUGGUCUUAAGGCAAAGGGGAUGUCCAUUAUCUGGCUUCUCAUUUCAUUGGCUUACUUAUCAUAUCUUCAUGGUACUUGCCUUUUAUACGUUUUUUCAAUUGCUUCUGGCAAUUAUUUAAUAGUAAAGAUAUGUGGAAGGACAAAAUUUGUCUUUGUGUUGUGGAUAUAUAAUCUGGCAUUUCUUGUAUGUAACCGGGUUUAUGAUGGAUAUCCCUUCUCAUCUUUUGGGCAACGUUGGGCCUAUUUGGACAACUACCGAGGAACCUUCAGGUGGCAUAUCUGCUUUAAUUUCGUUGUCCUGCGAAUGCUUAGUUUUGGCUAUGACUACCACUGGGCAGAUAAAAGUAAGCACUUUGAUGAAGAGAAGCACCUCCAUCACUGUGAAAAGUGUUCAUCAGGAAGAACAUGCUAUCUGCUAUUACAGGAGAGAACCUUGCAGGAUGAUAAGUUCUCCAUUGCUACCUACUUGUGUUAUUUGUUUUAUGCUCCCCUCUACAUCGCAGGUCCUAUAAUUAGCUUCAAUGCAUUUGCCUCCCAGAUGGAUGCUCCUCAGAAGACUUACCUACUACGCGAUGUAGUUUAUUAUGGAUUUCGCUGGGUAUUAAGCUUGUGUCUUAUGGAAUUAAUGACACAUUUCUUUUACUUCAAUGCCUUUGCAGUUAGUGGAAUGUGGAAAUAUUUAUCACCAAUGGAUGUCUUCAUCAUCGGGUACGGAGUACUAAAUUUCAUGUGGCUCAAGUUUUUCCUGAUCUGGCGUUAUUUCCGGUUCUGGUCGCUGGUAAAUGGUAUUGAGCCACCUGAGAAUAUGCCUAGGUGCAUCAAUAAUUGCUACAAUUUGCAAACAUUUUGGAAAAACUGGCAUGCUUCCUUUAAUAAAUGGCUUGUCAGAUAUAUGUAUAUUCCUCUGGGAGGUUCAGGUAGAAAGUUGCUAAAUGUAUGGGUGAUCUUCACAUUUGUUGCUAUUUGGCAUGAUCUAGAGUGGAAGCUGCUUUCAUGGGCUUGGUUGACGUGCUUGUUCUUCAUACCAGAAAUGGUGGUCAAAUCAACAGCAUAUGCCUUCAAGGCGGAAAGUGCUUUUGGUGAGCUUUUCUACUAUGAACUCAAUGCUGUUGCUGGUGCUGUUACCAUCACUUGUCUUAUGAUCGCCAAUCUUGUUGGUUUUGUGAUAGGACCAUCAGGGAUCAACUGGUUAUCAGCUGUCUUCUUAACAAAAAAAGGGCUGCCAGUUUUAUGUGCCAUGCUUGUGACAUUUUAUAUUGGGACUAAGCUCAUGUUACAUAUAUCUGACUCCAAGAAAAGGAAACUUCAAAAGUAGAUUAUGCAAAUAUUUGUGCUGAAGUACACUCUAAUUGCAUAUUUCCGGAGGCAUGUAUAGUGCUUUUGUAUCAUUGACCACGCAGGUGUGAUAUUUACUCCCCUUAAUGUGCAGACUGAAAUAUUCUAUCCAUUGGUAAUAAAUUAAAUUCACCAACCUUCCGGUCUUCAUUUGCUCUUUUCGAAUUCUUGCUUCGUUUAAAAAAACAUAGUGAGACAUUCAUGUCAAGUGUCCAUUAUUAAAUUCCUUAAAUAUAAAUGAAGCAUCCUUAACUACUGCUUCUAAUGUUCAGAUUCUGUGUCUCUUGUAUUAAGAGUUAAGACUAUCAUCACUUCUACGUUUUUAACCUUUA